CACUCAGCAGAUUCAAAACAAAAUGGCUGCUGCGAAGAUGAAAGACCCUCAGGAAAAGGUCGUUUAUAGUCAAGAUGGAGUGUUUGUCCAUACAUCGGUACCAUCGCAUGUCGCUAAUAUAAUACCCGGYCGWGUCUGUUUGGUUGAGAAGGAUAACAAUACUUUUGUUGAUUGGUCACCGUGCCAGUUUGAUGCUGAUAAUUAUGAACUACAAACCAGUGACUGUGCUGARUGGGAUCUCAUUACACAAAAUAAGCAAUCAGACCAAGAUGAUGAACAGAAAAAUCAAGAAAAGUCCAAAUAUGCCAUUCACUUCAACAUUAAUGAACUUCACUCCAUUCGGCGCUCAGACCCUAAACUUGCCUGGUCUUAUGUUGUGUUCAUAUUAAAGGAUAGUACUACAUUGCCRGCUUUGCACUUUCACUCUGGAGGCAUCCAAAAUCUUAUACAAAACUUACAAAGAUAUGUUUGGUUGACAAGAUCACCAACAAACUACAAGCUGUUUGUUGUCGCCGAUCAAGAAAAUGAAGCAUUACGGAUGUCACUGGACCAGUUGCAGCUKUUUAAUGACAGAGGACCAUCAUCGUCAUAUUUAUCGCGAUUCAUCAACACUGCCUACUAUGAUGGCAUGGAUGCUCUGUCUAAAGUCACAAAAUACUUCAGAGACACAAUGGAUGUCAUACAAGCAACACCAACAGUUGAUACCCCAGCUGACAGACCUGCAGUAAGAUAUACACCAAGAAAGGACGCAGAGUUUGAGGACUUAGGAGAGGCAGUUGCCUGCCCAUCUCAACCUGUCCCACCAAGAAGAAGCCUUGGCCCUGUCCCUAAAGUUGAAAGAGGGGAAUGCUUAACUCAAGAACAGUGGCAAUCUUUGCUAGACAACAAUGGCCGAGUUAUCAAUAUCAAAAAGCUGCACAGUACAAUAUUCAGAGGGGGCAUCGAGAAGACUCUGAGAAAAGAAGUUUGGAAAUAUUUGCUUGGUUACUAUAAGUAUGGUUGCACGUUAAAGUCAAGACAUACAUUAUUCAAGGCUAGAGAGGAAGAGUAUCGGACCAUGAAGAUGCAGUGGACAACAAUAUCAGCAAAACAAGAAAAACAAUUCUCAGAAUUCAGAGACCGGAAGCAUCUUGUAGAUAAAGAUGUUACAAGAACAGAUCGCUUACAUCCUUACUAUGCUGAACAAGAGACAGAAAACAAAAAUGUCAAAAAGUUGUACAAUGUUCUGAUGACAUACUGCAUGUAUAACUUUGAUCUUGGCUACGUCCAAGGCAUGAGUGACCUGCUCUCGCCAGUUUUGUUUAUAAUGGAUAACGAAGGGGAUGCGUUCUGGUGCUUUGUAGGAAUGAUGAAGAAACUGGCACAUAACUUUGAUGAGAAUCAAGAGGGCAUGAAGAUGCAACUACACCAACUGACAAUCCUUUUAAAAUUUAUUGACCCUUUAUUUUAUAGCUACUUAGAGGAGCAUGACUCAGGAAAUCUUUACUUCUGUUUUCGUUGGCUUAUUAUCAACUUCAAGAGAGAAUUUAUCUUCGACAAUAUUAUGGUGCUAUGGGAGACACUGUGGACGCAAAACUUAUCGCCAAAUUUCCAUUUGUUUAUUUGUCUGGCAAUUUUGGAUAACCACAGGCAGAUUAUUAUGGAGAUGGGGUUUGGAUUCAACGAAAUCCUCAAAUAUAUCAAUGACUUAGCGUACCAGAUUGACGUCAAUGAAACACUCAUUAGAGCUGAGACCCUUUGUCUCCAGCUUCUCGCUCUGUCAGACGUGCCCGAGGACGUCCGGGCAAUAGUAACGGGUAAAAAUGUCGCCGUCAUGACGCCGGAUGUCGAACGACCAGACCCAUUCCUUAUGCUAAUGACAGGUCGGAACGUCUCCGGGCUAUGUUCGGUUACCGAAGAGUUAACCAGCCUAGCAACACCUAGCUCAAGCCAUGGCAAAAGUGAUGUCAAUGGACUAAAUUCAUCAGGUGUAAAUGACUUAAGUAUUGUCAAAAUCGAUGAGGACGGGACAUGUAAUGAUGKUUCGCCCAAACCCCAGGACAAUAAUGUCCCUGUCAACGCUGAUCAAUCUGACGAUGAAAUUAUUGUUCUCUCUGAAGGAGCAGAGAAUAUUUUUUAAAUUUAUAACAAUGUCUGCGAAGCUACGUCAAGAAUUUGUCAAACUAUCUAUGCUAGUUUUAAGGUAAUAACAGCUUGAAGCCCGUGCWCUCUAACAUGUACGUAUCCGUGUCGUGGGUUUUCCAUACCGUAUCCAUACAGCUACGCAAUCCGCACCCAGUCAAUCUUGGACAAAACCCUUGGGACUUUUCGGGCUAUAGGGUUGAUUUAGAUGGUAUCGCCAAGUUGCUCCUCAAUACUAGAAACCAACCCUCUCCCCCUGACACAGUACUGUGGACGGGCUGACAGCAAACUGUCAACCACACAGCUACAACAUUGAAAGGGGGAUAAAUUGUUUAGGCAGUAGAAAUAUGAAUAGACAAGGGCAGAUGAACAACCCAAACUCAUGCGAAAGUCCCAAGACGUUUUCUCCAAUAUUGCAGUCUGCUGUACGACUUCAUAGAUUAAUCUACAUAUACAAGGGUCUGAUGUACAUAUAUGGGCUCUCAUGUGCUAGAAGGUUCAUUUUAUCUAUACAAUAUUUUGUACAUACACUUGUAUUAUAAAUAAUUCAUAAAUGUCUUUCAUAUGUAUGCCAAAAAAAAUCCAGACUCACUCAAACCAUACCAUUGGUGACCAUUGGUACUAUCAAUGAUUAGGUUUAGGGUAAUAUGGAGUAAUGGAAUUUUCUAGGUUCUUAUGCAUAUAAUGUCUGCGAGAGAGCUUCCUAUGUGUAUAUCAGCACCAUGUACAUGGUAAAGUGAUAUAUAGCGAAGUCGUACAACAGAUUCUCUACAACACCAUUAUUCAAUUCAGAAAAUUGGAGCUUUUUAUCUCAAUUUGCAUAAUUGCCAAUGAUGUUAUUUCCGACUUGUCUCAAAUAAGAUAUAUUAGCCGUCCUUCUAUCUCUCUUCGAUUCUCUUGAUAUUAAAAUCGCCCAAAAAACUAAAAUAUAUGAACCACAGCACACUGUAAAUAUGUAGAUCUGUGUUAUUUGGAAU